ACCGGAAGCGCGGCCGAGCCCGUUGCCGUGACAGCGGGCCCGGGGCCGCCAUGGAGGCCGCGCUCACCGACAUGUACGACCAGGCGCUGCUGGGCAUCCUGCAGCACGUCGGCAACGUGGAGGAGUUUCUGCGCGUCCUCUUCGGCUUCCUCUACCGCAAGACCGACUUCUACCGGCUCCUGCUGCGGCCCGGGGACCGCCUGGGCUUCCCGCCCGGCGCGGCGCAGGCCAUGGCCCUGCAGGCAUUCCAAGUGUUUGAGCGGAUGGCCAGGCAGGAUGACGAGAAGAGGCGCCGGGAGCUGGAGGCAAAGCUGAGGAAGAAGGAGGAGGAGGAGGAGGCAGCUGCAGCUGCUGAGAGGGUGAAGCUGUGCCCUGCAGCUCAGGAAGUUGAAGUGGAGACAACGGAGCACAUCCCAGCACCAGAUGUCGGGGGAGCUGUGGGCACACAGGAAUCAGCUGCAGCCCAGGGUGCCGCAGCCCCCAGCUCUGUGUCGGUGGAGCCUCUGGGGGCUGCUGCCCCAGCAGAGCUGCUGACGAGACAGGAACAGUUCCAGACAAACCCUGACAGCUACAAUGGAGCUGUGCGAGAGAAUUACACCUGGUCCCAAGACUACAGCGACCUGGAAAUUAAAGUGCCUGUGCCCAAGCACAUCAUCAAAGGCAAACAGGUGUCUGUGGAUAUCAGCAGUGGCACAAUUCGCGUAGCGGUGCUGGAGGGGAGCAGCCAGCAUGUCCUCAUGGAAGGGAAACUCACCCACAAGAUCAAUACGGAGAGUUCCCUGUGGAGCCUGGAGCCCGGGAAGUGCAUUUUGAUCAACCUGAACAAGGGGGACGAGUACUGGUGGAAUGCUAUCCUGGAGGGCGAGGAGCAGAUCGACAUUGACAAGAUCAACAAAGAGCGCUCCAUGGCUACAGUGGAUGAGGAGGAGCAUGCUGUGCUCGACCGCCUCACCUUUGACUACCACCAGAAGCUGCAGGGCAAGCCCCAGAGCCACGAGCUGAAGGUGCACGAGAUGCUAAAGAAGGGCUGGGACACCGAGGGCUCCCCGUUCCGUGGCCAGAAGUUCGACCCCUCCAUGUUCAACAUCUCCCCUGGCGCUGUCCAGUUUUGACGGUGGCAAAAACAACUGAAAAACGAAGCAGGGAGAGGAGAAACCUCCCGGAUGCCCACUGGGACUCUCGCACUCCGUGCCGGUGCCCAUGACCCGCUGCUCUACGCUGCCGGCACCCAUCCGUGCAGUGCGGGGAAGCCAGGCGCGAGCAGAUUUACAUCCUGUCACCACGGCAACCCGGGCGCCGAGACCCCUCUCCUCCCCUGCCUCCCCUUGCCUCGCGCUGCCGACGCUCUGUGUUUUUCCGGAAUAGACGGAGCAUGUCGGGUGACAUAAUUAUUA